AUGGUUGAAGAUAAUGAUCAGAGUUACGGGAGGACGGCAAACAAAAACGUUUUACUGAAAAUUGUAAUAUUAGGCGAUGGAGGAGUUGGCAAAUCGUGUUUGAUGAGCAGAUUUAUAUCGAAUCAUUUCGAUGAUCACAAUUUUCACACGAUAGGCGUCGAGUUCAUGAACAAGAUGAUAGAUGUCAAUGGAAAACAGUAUACAUUGCAGAUAUGGGACACAGCCGGUCAGGAAAGAUUCAAAUCAUUGAGAACCCCAUUUUACAGAGGUACAGAUAUUUGCAUACUAGCAUAUGCAAUAGACGACAGAAGUUCAUUCAAUAAUAUUAAGACUUGGUUGAAUGAGUUCCUACAUUACGCUGGUGUUAAGAAUGGGAUUGAGAAGUUUCCUUUUAUUGUCGUCGGAAACAAGUCUGAUGUAUCUUCAAAGGAUAGGGAAGUGUCGUAUGAUCAGUUGAAACGUUGGUGCGAAGAAAACAAAAUAGCGACAUACUUAGAAACCUCAGCAAAAACCAACAGUAACGUACUUGAGGCCUUCUCGCUCGCUGUACAGAGAUGGGCAGAUUUAGAACAGAAAGCCGAGAAGGAACUCCGAAUGUUUCACCACCCAGAUACGGUGAGACUUCACGGUUCAAGUCCAACAUCUAGUUUCCGAACAACUUGCUGUUCACGAUUCACAGACGUUUGAAGCAUCAGCCAUUAUUGUAUACCAAGUAAUUUUUAUCAUUAAUGACUACUAUUUAUCGUAUAUUUAGAAUGUUUUUGUGUUGAAAAAGAGACAGAUUUACAGAUCUAUGGUUGCUUAGUUUUAGUUUUACGAAAAAAAUCAAAUUAUGAGUAAAACGUCAAAGAACUAUUUAAAAAAAAGAAAUUAAAGUAUCCUGGUUAGGCUAUAUAGAAAUCUGUCAUUGUUUCUUCAAAUAAAAAGCAUUUUUUUCCAAAAUAAAGUUACGCAUUAAAACCAAUUAAAAAA